CUUGACCGGUGCAUCUUUGCCCUCCUGAAUUCGGCCUUUUUAUGGAUGCGUUGUGAACGUCAGGUCGUCUGUCGGGCCGAAGCUGCGUUGACAGCCUGCGGACCACACGCGCGUGCAUACAUGGGUGUGAACGUAGGCCUCUCACUAUGACAUGAUGUGUCGCGAAACUUCGUACCUGCUAUUUUCGUCGAUCAAGGGAGUACAAGGAGUCGGAGUGGUCGUCGUGGAUAGCUUGAGAACAGUCCCCUCCUCUCCAACUGCGAUCCGCCCUCUGUACUUCAAGGGUUGAAAUCGCGUGGACACGACACCGAGUCCCGACAUGCGGUUGACGAUUGUACUGGUCUUACUGACCACACUGCUGGUAUCAGUCAGAUCUCAGAAUGCUCUUCUAUCUUUGGCACAAAACAUGCCCAGUUGUUCCUUGGCUUGCUUCACUAUGGCAAUACCUCAAUCCGGUUGUGUCAAAAAUCUUACUUCCGAGUGCUUAUGCACUGAUGUGGCCCUGAAUGUGGCUGUAGGCGUCUGCGCACAAAAGACCUGCACAGUAUACGAACUUCUUCAAACCAAGAAUGUCUCCAGUCGUGGAUGCGGUGUUCCUGUCCGCGACAGAGGUCGCGAUUUCGUCGUGAUUGGCCUCUGUGGUGUCGUAGUUGCCAUGCUCGCCUUUGUCAUGAGACUAGGUGCAAGCCUGCUGAAGAAUGGUCGACAGAUGUCGUGGGAUGAUGCCACUAUGGGUAUAGUUGUCGCACUUUCCAUUCCUCCAGCCGUGUUCGCGUUUUUCUUGGUUGACAACGGAUUGGGUCGAGACAUGUGGACGUUGAAAGAUUACCAGAUCACCAACGUUCUGCGCUUCUACUAUUUCGGAGAGAUCUUCUACGUCGUCGCCUUAGGUAUUUCGAAGAUAUCUAUCCUCUUCUUCUACCUCCGAGUAUUUCCCGAGAAAGGCUUUCGGCGCCUCAUCUAUGGUAUUAUGGGCCUUUCAGCAGCCUACACAAUCGCUUUCUUUCUCGCUACACUCUUGCAGUGUAUGCCAAUCAGCUACGCCUGGACUCAAUGGGACGGUCUCCAUGAAGGCAAGUGCAACAACAUCCACCUUCAAGGAUGGAUCGCCGCCGGUAUCAACAUCAUGCUGGACGGGAUCGUCAUGGUGCUCCCAUUGAAACACCUCGCCGGGCUAAAUAUGAACCUGAGGAGGAAGCUAAUGGUCAUGGCAAUGUUCUCUGUCGGGAUCAUAGUCAUUGUCAUUUCAUCCUUACGACUCUACACCCUCGCUCACUUUGCCAAUUCGAAGAAUAUCACUUGGGACUACUUCGAGGCUGGCUACUGGAGCUUACUCGAGAUAGAUGUCUCCAUCAUCUGUGGAUGCAUGCCUGCCCAUCGGUUACUGCUGUCGAGACUGUGGCCAAAGGUCAAGUUGACUUUCAACUCCGGCAAGAACACUUCAACAUCAUCCUCUGCGCUUUCUGGAGGCGUUAGAUCUAACGCGAUGGACAAGAAAAUUGCGCGCAUUUCCAUUAAGCCCAAGAUUGGAGAUGCCGGAGACUUCAUUCCACUAGUAAGCAUGGACAGUGGCAAUGUGCACCAUUCGACGACCAACGACAUGAGACUGGAACGUUCGGCCGGCGACAAUCAUCUGGAUAAUUGGCCUAUUGCUAAUGGAAAGGUAGAAAAAGAAUACGUGUAGAUAGAAGGCACCGCUACGGCCUCUUCAUCCAAAGAUAGCUGUCGCGUGCAUAUGGAAGGCAUUCACAUCUCGACUGUGCCACGAGCGUGCAAGUCUAUGCCCCCUUAUUCAGAAAUGUUCACUCAGGCUCUUUUGUCUUCGCAAAAUCUGGGAUAUGAUGACUGUACAUGAAUCUUACAGCCGCGGGCCUGACGUAGGCUUGUUCAGUUACUCAACCAAAUCGGUGGAAC